AACUCUGUUAUUCUAUUCCGUUCUAUUCCGUUCUAUUCUAUUCUAUUUUAUUUGACUAAUACAUGCUGGAAUUGUUCAUAUUCCAUUUUGUGUGGGGGGGGGGGGGGAGUUAACAAAUAAAUGGGGUUCCCUGAAAACAAAAAGUACUAUUUUUAUUUCUUGUAGCAGAAGAACAAAUCAUGCAAAUAUUGUAGAAGAAGCAAAUUUGAACUUUGUUCAAAUUAUUCAUUUGAACAUUUUAGAAAACGUAUUAGUACAAAUUAUUCAGCAUUUUAGAAGACCAAUUUUCUUGCUUCCUUCAUUGAAGAAAGAAAUGUUUGUUAUUCAUAUUGAAAGGAUGCUACCUUAUAAGAACGGAUAACUUCCUUUUUCAUAUGGGGUGUUUAAAUCAUUUGCAGUGUAAUAACUAAGUUCUACCAACACAUCCUUGCCUUGGCCUUUGCUGUGAAGGAGAUCAAUGAGGACUCCCAGAUCUUACCUAAUGUCACUCUUGGGUUCCACAUUUAUGACAGUUAUUAUGAUUCAAGGAUGACCUAUCGCACCACUCUGGACCUACUUUUCAAAUCCCAAGAAUUUGUUCCUAACUACAAAUGUGAUCUCCAGAAGAAACUCAUGGCUAUCAUUGGGGGAUUGGAUUUUGCUACAUCAUCUUAUAUAGCUGAAAUUAUAGGAUUCUUCAAGAUUCCACAACUGACCUAUGGCUCAUUAGCCCAGGAGGAAAUUCAGACCAGUAAAUUCUCUUCACUUUAUUUCAUGGUCCCCAAAGAGGACCAUCAGUACAUUGGGAUCGUCCAACUGCUUCGGCAUUUCAGGUGGACGUGGAUUGGCAUAUUUUCUGAGGAUAACAACAAUGGAGAAAAUUUCUUACAGAAAAUGCAGCCCUUGCUUUUGCAGAACAGAAUCUGCUUAGCGUUUAUCGAAAGGCUUGCUCAAAAAUUGCACAUGGAAGGUUUCAAAGAAAUAUAUUACAAAAUCAACAUUAUUUCCAUGUAUAUGUUGUGCAACAAAUCCAAUACAUUUCUCGUCUAUGGAGAAUCCUGGACAAUUAUAUGGCUAAGAUUGGUCACAUUUGUGGUCGAUCCUAAUACCAAGGAAACUGCAUUAUUAGGGAAGGUGUGGAUCAUGACGGCACAGAUUGAUUUUGUAUUAUCAGGCAUUCAAAUCACAUGGGAUCUGAAGAUGUUCCAUGGGGCUCUUUCCUUCAAUGUCCACUCAACCACAGUUGCAGGUUUCAAGGAAUUUCUUCAGACCAUCAAUCCUCUUUCAGAACACAGAGAUGGGUUUCGGCAGAAUGUUUGGGAACAAGCAUUUGAUUGUUCAUUUCCAAAACCAGAAUUACAAGGAAUGGACAAUACUCAGUGCACUCGGGAGAUGAAGCUGGAGGAUCUUCCUGCCCCUAUAUUUGAAAUGGAAAUGACUGGCCAAAGCUACAGUGUCUACAAUGCUGUUUAUGCUGUGGCUCAUGCUUUGCAAGCUCUACACAUGUUGAAGUCCAAUAGGAGGAAAACUCUGAUGGGUAAAAUACCUGAUCUUCCAAAUCUGCAAACUUGGCAGCUCCAUUCAUUUCUUCAAGGCAUUUCUUUUAACAAUUCAGCUGGGGAGAGAGUGUUCCUGAAUGAGAAAGGUGAAGCAACAGGUGGAUUCGACAUCACCAACUUGAUCACUUUUCCAAACAGAUCCUUUCAAAGAGUCAUAGUUGGAAAGAUAAAUCUCCAGGCUCCAAAAGGGAAGGAAUUAUUCAUGGAUGAAGAUGUGAUUGUCUGGCACCCAGCUUUUAAACAGGUUCAUCCGCUUUCUCGAUGCAAUGACCCCUGUUUCCCUGGAUCCUGGAAGAAAGGGAUUGAGGGAAAUGAGUUCUGCUGCUAUGACUGUGUUCCAUGCCCUGAAGGGAAGAUUUCAAACCAAAAUGAUAUGGAUGACUGUUUGCAGUGUUCAGAAGAUCAUUAUCCAAAUAAAGAAAAGAAUGGAUGUAUCCCAAAACUGGUGGUAUUUCUAACCUUUCAAGAAACUUUAGGAAUUGGUUUGACUUCAGCAGCUCUUUCUUUCUUCUUCUUGACCUCUUGGGUACUUGGAACCUUUACUAAGCACAGAGAUACUCCCAUUGUGAGAGCCAACAACAGAUCCAUCACAUACACCCUGCUGGUCUCUCUCCAGCUCUGUUUUCUAUCCUCUUUGUUGUUCCUCAGCCAACCUAGCAAAGUGACCUGCCUUCUCCGUCAAACAAUGUUUGGCAUCACCUUCUCAGUGGCCAUUUCUAGUGUCCUGGCCAAAACCAUCACUGUGGUUGUGGCUUUCAUGGCUACUAAACCAGGAUCUCAAAUGAGGAAAUGGGUGGGGAAAAGAUUGGCUCUUUCUAAUGUACUUUCCUGUUCUAUCAUCCAAGCAUGUAUUUGUAUCCUUUGGUUGUCAGCAUCUCCCCCAUUCCCUGAGUUGGACAUGCAGUCACAGCCCCAAGAAAUGAUUUUACAAUGCAAUGAGGGGUCAGCUUUCUUCUUCUACUGUGUCUUGGGCUACAUGGGUAUCUUGGCCAUUGCCAGCUUUAUUUUGGCUUUUCUUGCUCGUAAAUUACCCAACAGCUUUAAUGAAGCCAAGUUCAUCACCUUCAGCAUGUUGGCCUUCUGUAGUGUAUGGAUCUCCUUCUUUCCAGCCUAUCUGAGCACAAAGGGAAAAGCCAUGGUGGCUGUGGAGGUCUUCUCCAUCUUGGCCUCCAGUGCUGCUUUACUGGGAUGCAUAUUCCUCCCAAAAUGCUACAUCAUUGUUUUCAAGCCUCAGCUAAACCACAGAGAACAACUCAUAAAGAGGAAUUAGUAACCUAUGUGUACAGGUGUACAUCUGAACUAGACUGUGUUUUUUCUCUAUACACUAUGUCAUACACUAUGUGGGUAUGAAGGUAUAUGCAUAAUUUUGUAUUUAUUUAUUUGUUUUGUCAUGUUUAUGUAGUAUAUAUUGGAGGUGGUGACCCUUUGAGAGAAGUAGGCAGCAAAAUUUCAUGUUAAUGUAUAUUGAUUAGUGUAUAUUCAAAGUGAUAAUAAAGUUGUUCUAAAUUGCUACA